GCUUAACCCAGGCCAGCGUUUCUUUCAAUCUUCACCCCAAACUACAGCUCCUCCCCCCUCCCCUGCAUGGGUGCUGUAUGAGAUGGAGCUGGAGGGGUGCAGGGUGAGGUGCCCCCACUCCUGUCACCCACCAGUUUCACUUAGGGACCCAUGAGGUCACUGGUUUCUCAGCAGUCAUCAGCACCUAGGAAACAAGAAAAUGGAACUGCAGAAAAAAGGAUAGGGGGCAGAGAUCCCGACAGAGAUGAAGUCAUGGUAAAUCUGCUCCCACUGUGCUGAAAAGGGACCUGACAAGGAGAGGAAGUCUGCAGAUAGCCCACACCACCACCACAACAUGACUUUCACCACGGUGCUGCAUGUCACAGCUCUGCUCCUGCUGCAAGGAGCUGACAGUGAAACCAUAACUCUACAGGAAGGAGAGGACCUGAACCUCAGCUGUACCCUCAGAGGUGACGGCAGAGCCACCAGGCAGUGGCUAAACCCCCGUGGGUUUACCAUUUUCCUUGACAAUCACUUGGCCUUAAAAGAUCAGAGGUACAAACUUAUCCAUUAUUCAGAGGAUGAACUGUCUAUCAGACUCUCUAAUGUAACGGUGGAUGAUGAAGGCAUAUAUAAAUGCUUCUACUACAGCACACCAUUUAAAAGCAAGAUGACAACUGUUGAGGUGCUCGCUGUUCCUUCUAAGCCUGUACUGCAAGUAUCCCGAGACACAGAAGGAAGCAUUACACUGUCUUGCUGUACCCAAGGAGGUAAACCACAACCCCAGAUUACCUGGCUGUUGAAUAAUGGAAUACAGCUUCCUGGUGACACCAAGCACAAGUUAGAAGCUGACGGGAAGAAAUGGACCACAACCAGCACUCUCACAGUUCUGGCAUAUGGGCCCAACUCAACAGCCAGCUGCCUCAUUCACCACAAAGCACUGGGAGAAGGGAAGCUCACAGCGCCUUUCCAGUUCGAGGACGUUGCCAGGACAGUGACAAAUACAACUCCUGUGUCAACUACACUAGAGGUGGAUACGUAUAUCUCUGAGUAUACACAGCCUACAGUGACCACAGCGGAGUCAGAUCUGAACAGCAAUACAGACUUCUCUCCAAGCUACCCACAACGGAAUGGGCCCGAAGCAACAUCAGCUGCAGCAGGAGAGCUGUCUGGUACCUCUGCUCACCACAUCCCUAAUGGCACUGAAACAGCACUCAGUGGCACAGCCAGAGCACUCAAUGGCACAGAUGGAGCACUCAAUGGCACUGUCACAGAGCAACUUUUCAGGACAGAAGUCUUCUUCCCAAGUGAAAACAUAACUGUGACUUCCAUCAUCACCUUUGAACAAGAUGUGAAAUCUGAAGGCAUGAGUAAGAAGCAGAAAGAUUUCCUGCUGCCACUCUUGGUGGCAGUUCUCAUUGUCAUGCUGCUCAUCAUCGUAGUGCUUUUCACAAGGAAGCUGAUAAAAGCUCAUGGAGUUUGGAAGAGAGAAAAUGAUACUUCAGACCAGACUCUGGAGAGUUAUAAAUCCAAAUCUAACGAAGAAAGCCCACGCCAUGAGAAGAAUGGACAAGUUGUCAAUCAGAAGUCCAACGUGCAGUAUGUAACAGAAGGAUACGUGGAAGCAACACAAAAGAAUCCAAGUGAGAAAAAUACUACAAUACCUGAGGAACAGCUCGCAUGUGGAAAAGAAACAGAUGUGUAGUGAAGGGGUCAUCCUGGAAAGCCUAUUAAAUAUACAGAUACACCACUGUUUUCUGGACUCCAUGUUUCAGCAUUCACAAAUCAGUAGGAUUUCAAGGAGCAGACAUACAAACGGUCACCUGAAAUAAUAAAGACAAUUUGGAUUGUUUGCCUCUGAA